AAAGGAACAAUUUUGAAUAAAUAGCUUCAAUUUAUCAGAAUUUAGCAUCAAUUGGAAUAAACACCAAACAUCUACAACAUGUUCAAAUAUUUGCUUAUUGCUGCCCUCUUGGCCUGUGCCUAUGCUGAAUCCGAUGAGGUUCAUGCUGAAGUUAAGGUUUUGGAUUCUGAUGUUCGUCCCGAUGGUUUCGAAUACCAUUUAGAAACUUCUAAUAGCAUUAACACCGGUGCCAGUGGUGAUGAACACGGCAAUAUCCAUGGUCAUUAUGAAUACACCUCUCCUGAAGGUGAACACAUCAAGGUUGAAUAUGUUGCUGAUGAAAAUGGUUAUCAACCCAGCAGUAAUGUUUUGCCUACACCUCCCCCUGUACCAGCUGAAAUUGUUAAGGCUUUGGAAUAUUUGCGUUCUCAUCCUGCUUUCGAGGAGAAACAUCAUUAAAAAAACGAAUAAGUUUAUACUAAGCGAUUGUUGAAUAGGAGAACAUUUUGGAUGAAGUUCAUAUUGAGCGAUCGUUGAAUAAAAGAACAUUUUGAAAAAAUC